UGUUCCUGUUAUUUUUACUCUUCUGGACUGUGAGAAACACAGAGCAGCAGCCUCGGUCGAUACCUCCUCCAGCAGCUGGACGCAGUUCCGCGGGGCAGCUCAGGGAGUCGCAGGCAGGCCUGGCAGGCAGGGGAAGGCUGCCCCAGGGGCACAGCACCAAGCAUGGCGCUGCUGCUGGCCCUGUGGCCACGGGCUGCAACGUUCCCUGGGGCCAACAAUGGGUCUGGAGCAUGGCACAAGGGUGGCACAGAGACAAGAGGGCGCAAGGACAACAUGAGGCUGGUGAGGACAGCACAAGGGUGCUGCAAGGCUCAGCACAUGCGCCAGUACUGAGCACACGAGCACCAGGAGGCGUUCCCUGGUGGACACCUGAGCAGAGUCUGGGGUCACCAGGUUCUGGUUCCGGGCAUUGUCCCAAGAACUGGCCAGGGCUGGGCUGCACCAGGGCAGAGCGUCAUGACAUGCCAGGGACAGAGCACGGCUGAGGGGGAGCAUGGCGCGCAAAGUCUGCGGGAGGUUCCUGCACCCCUGGGACAGCCUGAGCAGCCCUGGGGAGGGCUGCCAGGAGCAGAGGCGGUGAUGGCAGAGCUGAGCAGCUCCACGCAGCAGCGUCAGCAGGAGAUGGAGAGCUGCCAGUCCCAGGGCCAGAGGCAAGCAGAGGUGCCAGAGCCCCAGCAAAGAGAGCCCCAGGCAUGCCAGGCCACAGAGCAGCAGGAGCUGGAGCCAGCACACGUGCUGGCCUCCUUACAGGCGCUGCAGCUGGACCUGGACUUCUGCAGGGGCAGGAACUGCAAGCGGCUGGUCCAGCUACAGCAGCAAGAGUGCGUGGUGGAGCAGAAACACCAGGACUUGGUCUUUCUGAUGCAGCACUACCAGGAGGUGAUAGGCAAGGGCCAGAAGGAUGAGGCCGUGCAGACAGAGGUCACCUAUGCAGGCUGCCGUGACAAUGCUGACACCAGCCAUGGACUUCCAAAAGAGCACGUGGAGCUGCUCAAGCAGGUGGUGGUGGAGGCAGAGGCAAAGCACUGCAGGCAGAGCAGGACAGCUGAGAUGCUCCGGUGCCGGGCACAGGACACGCUGCGGGCUGAGCAGAGCACUGCCAAGGAAGCGCAGGCAGCAGCACAGCAGCCACCAGCCUGGAGUCAGCAGCAGUGUGCGGAGGAGCAGUCGUGCCCGAGCCCAGGGAAGGGCACGCAGCGCGAGGCUGGCCGUAGGGCAGAGCAGGAGCUGCAGGCACUGCAGGAGCAAGCAGCCAGCAGCGAGGCAGAGCUGACACAGAGCAGGGCACUGGCAGCGUGGCUUCAGACACAGCUGAGCCAGUGGCAGUGGAAACAGCAGGUGACCCUUGAGCUGGCAACGCAACACAUGCAUGCCACGGCCCGUGCCAAAGAGAAAUUGCAGAAGAGCCAGGAGCAGCUCCACGCCCUAAGGGAGCAGCUGAGGGUGCGGGAAGAUCAGAGCCAGGGCCUGCAGCAUGGCCUGGCUCAGCUGCAGGAAGAGCUGGGAGCCACCCGGGCCCGGGAGCAGCGAAGCCUGCAGCAGCUUAGCGGGGCCAAGGAGACCAUCCGAGACCUGCAGCAGGUAGUGGCCUCCAGCAGAAAGCACAAGGCAGAGCUGCUGCAACAGGUACAGGAUGUGGCAACCCUACAGGCAGAGCUGGCCCAAGCCCAGCAAAAGAAAGCCAAGCAAGAGGAAAAGAUUGCAGCCUAUAAGGAACAGAUGCAGCAGCUCCACUUGGAACUGAGGAAGCUUCAGGAGGCCCAGGAGCAGAGCAAGCAGAAGGCCCACUGCCUGCAGCAGAGGCUGCAGGAGCUGAGCAGCCAAGCCCAGCGCUGGCAGCAGUUGCACCAGGACAGUCAGCAAGCUCUGGCUCUGCGGGAAGAGGAGCUGGUUGUUUGCAAGGUGGAGCUGGCUUUCCUCAAGGAAGAGCUCAGCAAGGCCAUGGAGCAGGUGCAGGACAGGAACAUGCAGCACCACAGCUCGAGGACAGGAGGAGUGCAGGCUGAGCCCCUGACACCAGAGGACAAACCCUGGCCCACAGGCACGGCAGAGGUGGAGAGGACAUGCCAGGGGACAGCUCACUGCAGAGCCCAGGCCAACACGGGAGGAGACUGUGGCUCUGUAGUAACCCUGCACACUUCCCACACCCUGGGAUGGUCGAACAGCAGCAGGCCGCACCAGGAGAGGGAGCUGGUGCUGGUCAACAUCAGCCAGUGUGCGAAAGAACAGAUGCAGUCAAGUGAGAAACGAGGGCACAAGACCCAGCAGCAAAUCAACCACGUUGCAGAGCUGACAGGCAACAAGGAGCAUCUUCAGGACACACUGGGCAGCUUGCAGGUAGAAAACAAGUACCUCAGGGUCAGAACACAUGAGCAGCACCACAAGGGUGAGCAGAUGAAGGUGAGCAAAAUUCCCGACACAGCCUGGCCCAGAACAGUGCUGAGCCGACCCUCCCUUGUGUACAGGGACAGCUGGGCAUCAGUUGCUUGCCCAGAGCACAGGUCACGGACAAACUGCCUUUGCAGUAUUCCAGGCCAGGUCUGGGCCAAGCACAGGCUGUCUUUGCCCUCUAAGCCAGUGUAAUUC